GCGGGUCUGCCACGUCGGUCUCUGUGCAACGCAUUUCACACUGUUGCUCCUCGAGCCCGGGGCGGACUUUUAAAAACCCCGUUUUCGUGCUCGCGGCCCGGGACAACGGCAGCGGCCCCCCCCCGGUGCCCCCCCCCCCCCCCCCGGUGCCCCCCCCCCGGUGCCCUCGGAGCUCGUCGCCACGCCAGCGCGGCCGCGGACCCCUGAAGCUGUGAAGGCGGCGAGGGGGGAAUGCUCGGCGCUGUGCGGGGACUCGUCUCACAAGUGACUGAUGCCUCCUCGUCCGGCUCGCUCCUCCGUGUCUUACCGAGGCCGUUGGCCUGUCUGUUCAUGGUGGCUCUUUGAGGAGAAGGGGAGGAGUCCCAGCGGCUGUUGGUUGGUGGGCGGCACCCGGUACGGUUACUGGCGACCAUGCCAGGAGGUCGCAGGGGCCCGAGCAGACAGCAGCUAAGUCGCUCUGCUCUGCCGUCCCUGCAGACUCUAGUUGGAGGCAACCUGGGCAAUGGUACAGGCCUCAGGAACAGGAGCAGUAACUCGGUGGGUCUGUCUGCCCCGCCUCUCUCGGCCCUCAUCAGUCCGGAGCCGGUCCGCCACUCGAGGAUCCCCGACCUGCCAUUGGACAGCAGCCUGCUAUUUGAGUUCCUGCUCUUUCUUUAUCUGCUGGUGGCCUUAUUUGUCCAGUACAUCAACAUCUACAGGACGGUCUGGUGGUACCCAUACAGCCACCCUGCUGCCUCUACCUCGCUUAACUUUCAUCUGAUGGACUACCACCUGGCUAUCUUCAUCACAGUCAUGUUGGCCAGGAGGCUUGUUUGGACUAUAGUGUCAGAGGUGUCUCAGAGCAGCGGCGGAUCGCUCCUGCGCUACGUGGUUCUCAUCGCGGCUCGGCUCUGCCUCCUCACCAUGUGUGGCUGGGUGCUCUGCUGGACGCUGGUCAACCUCUGCAAGAACCACUCUGUGCUCAACCUCCUCUUCCUGGGAUACCCAUUUGGAGUGUACGUCCCGCUCUGCUGUUUCCACCAGGAGGGAGGGAAAAGCCAAACGGCGGCCGCUGACUGCGACUACCCAGCCGAUCACCACCAGCAGACCGACCUAACGGAGACCCCGCUUUUUCGACCACGUGACUUCCUCUUCCUGUUGCGAGAGAACCUCAAAGAGCAGUUCUCCAGCCCGCCGGACAUGCCCACUCACACCUGCCCACCGCACACGCACUCGCACACGCCGGAGCUGAUCCGGGCCGAGGUGGAGGAGCUGAAGAGCGACUUCAACCGCCGGAUCAAGGAAGUGCUGUUCAACUCGCUGUUCAGUGCUUAUUAUGUCGCCUUCCUGCCUCUCUGCUUCGUCAAGAGCACCCAGUACUACGACAUGCGUUGGUCCUGUGAGCAUCUGAUCAUGGUGUGGAUCAAUGCGUUCGUGAUGCUGAUGAGUCAGCUGCUGCCCCCCAGCUACUGCGACCUGCUCCAUCGCUCCGCAGCUCACCUGGGCCGCUGGCAGAAACUGGAGCACGGCUCAUACAGCAACGCACCUCAGCAUGUGUGGUCAGAAAGCACUAUUUGGCCUCAGGGGGUUUUGGUACGACACAGUCGAAGUCUGUAUAAAGCAGUCGGGACCUAUAAUGUUGCUCUGCCCUCUGAUGUUUCCCACGCAAGGUUUUAUUUUCUGUUUCACAAGCCAUUGCGGAUCCUGAACCUGCUGAUCUGGAUCGAGUCGAGUGUGGUUUUGUACCAGCUAUACUCUCUGCUGCGCUCCGAGCGCUGGAACCACACUCUGUCGCUGGGCCUUAUUCUCUUCUGCAACUACUAUGUCCUUUUUAAACUGCUCCGAGACCGCAUCGUGCUGGGCAAAGCCUACUCUUACCCUCUGUCCUCCAACAGUUUGGGGCUCAAGUCACAGUGAAGGCUCUGCUCAGCGAGACCUCGCCUACGAACUCUGGAUUUGGAGGGGAGACUGGCGGAGGUCUGAAACAGUGGAGGGUCCGCUAGCACUCGUGCUUCGGAGCUUAAGGGACGGACUGUGAACUCCUAAUUGUGUUUUGAUACGGUUCUAUUUUUAAUGCAAUGUUUAUAUAUACCUAUUUAAAAGAAUAUUUUUAUUUUGUAUACUAUUUCGAGUUACGCCGGGCAUUACCACACCGACAACAUUUGCAUGUUGUGUUAUGUUGUCGCUAGGUGACAGGGAAGUCGGGGGGAAUGCCAGGAGGUGACGUUUUCACCAAAGAUAUUUUAAAGUGCAGGUGGCCAAUGACGAUUCAGAGCAGUGGAAGGCGUCGAGCCUGAGAUCCUAAAUCCUGAUUGGCCUAAAAUCUCCUUCAACCUUGAGGCUCCCAAAUCUUAAAUCUGGAACCAAUUGCCAUCUGGGGUAGCAGGAUGAUGAGACCAUUUCAGCAUUGCUGCAGAAAUUAAUGCAGAUCCUUUUUUGUCACAGCUCUUUACGAAAUAGUUUGGUAAUUGAGAAUAUUACCUUAUUUUCUUUCGGUCGGGGAAUGAGACGAUUGAUACCGCUCUCGUGUCUGUACAGUAAAUAUGAAACUAGCGCAAGCUGAGCAUAAAGACCGGAUAUAGGGAAUCAUCUGUCCAGUGAUAACAAAAUCUUGUUAUGGCUCCCUUUAUUUUUACUUGAACAAAAGUUCAAAAGUUUAAAAACGAUAAUUAAAUCAUACACAGGCUGUUUCUGUGAUGGGCUACUUCGGCAGGGAGUUUUUUUUUUCACUGACCAAGAAAUAUUCCAGAACAGAACCCAACAUAAAACAGGAAGUUUUCAUUCUUACUCCUCGGUUUUUGUACAAAUUUAACAAAUAAGAUAUAGUGAUUUGCGUGUUAAGUAUUUAAAAGAGCUUGUUGGCAGAUUUUGUAACAGUUGGACAGUGCCAGGUUAGCGGCUUCCCCACGUUUCCAGUCUUUGUGUUCAGCUCACCCUUCCCUGCAGUUUUUUUUUUUUUUGAUUGUCUCAUCUUACUUCCAACCAGAAUGAGAAAAUAAGCGGAAUUUCCAAACCAUGACCAACAAAUCUUAAAGCAGAGCCUCAGUGUGAAAUUUUACCACAAUGUCAAAGAAAACUGACUGACUUGAGAUCAGUCAGUGUGUAAAACAUCUCGGGUUCCCCUUGUCCACUGCUUGAGCAGAGAAUGCUGUAUUCUUCCUCAUUCACCUUUCCUACCUGUUAUUAUCUGCAAGUUUCACUUCAUUGGCUUUCUUACAGCACCAGACUCUAUAAACCUGUAUUUCAUUUUUUAUUUUCAGCCAUGCCUGCUUCUGGUUCUGGUCAGUCAAAAAGCGUAAAGUUAAAGAAAAAAAAAAGGCUCCUACUGCAACCAGGUCAUUGUGCAAGUCACAACUCUUCCUGAUGCCUAACCACACUUUGACAUGCUGAAAUCUUUUCGCUAGGAUAUAGCGCGCAACGCAUUUGUGUUCUUUAAAAGCCAUCCAGACACUUUAUUUUAUUAAAUUCUGGUGCCUGAAUUAAGAGUGAGAGAGUGAGGACCGUGUCACGUCAGGUUCAUCUCUUUGCCAACUGGAUGCAGAUAUCAGAAUGAAUGUGGCUAAUAAAAAGUUUUCUGUUGGUA